AUGUCAGUCCGACUAGAAUCGUGCUCGUUCAUGAAUAACAUGAACGACCUAGCUGACUUUGUCCUAGUGAAGUUCCUGACAGUCCAUCUUCAGGGAGGAGAUCGUCUUGCAUUCUACAACAAAAUCGGAGAAGGUAGUUUCUCUCAAAGACUCCUGACGGUAUCCAGGAGGAUCAACCCUCCACCCCCUCAUCUUAUAUCACCAGGGCAACAGCUCCUCAUCACAUUGUCUCACAAUUCCCAUCAGACUGAUGAAGAAUCGUUUGUUCUAAACGCAACUUUGGUCGAAGAUAAAGCCUCAGCCUUGAAGAUCGGUCCUGGAGAAACGCGCAACAUGACUUCACCAUCAUACCCUGAAAACUAUCCCCGUUGCACCUUCUCCUUCAACACCAUAGAGGCGCCGAUUGGUUGCAGGUUGAAAUACCAUGUUUUAGACCACAACAUCGCACCAGGAGACACUCUGUGUAUCAGUGAAAGGAAAAGAGCUGUGAACACGGAAGAUUGUGACGUACGAAUUGGGGCUAUCCGAACACUCUCUGGAAACUUUGCAUCUCUCUGGUUCAGCUCAGGUUUAUCAUCGACAUGGAAAGGAUUCUUCGUUUCAUUCACGUCUAUUGGAGAGACAGAUAGCACACCUUGUAUCCGGCCUUCCCGCGGUCUCACACCUGCACCACGUGACCAGGAUUCAAAUACAGCCAGCAAACCGACGAGGAAGAAGCGAGCAAAUCAAAACAGUGACAGAGGCACUUCUGAAGACACAUCUCACGAUCAGACCGAUACGGCCACCACAGCACCGCCACCCUGGUACACAUACCCUCUCUUGCACCUUGGCGGAGUCCUCCUGGCAGUCAUGGUGAUAGGAGUGUUCCUCAACCAACUCAUACGACAUCUCAUGGAUCUGUGCUGCCAGAGGAAGGACGUUACCAUGACAACCACAUCCGUUGAACAUAGGAGCUGCUCAAGAUCCAAGUCUCGAUGCUGUCCUUCCUGGAAGCUGGCAGAUAGAAGGUCUAGUUACGUCGUGAACAAGCUUGGAAGCAGCUUCGAUGACCUGGUCCACGCAACCCGGACACUGGAUAAUAGUUUGGGACAUACAGGCAACGAGGAAACCGACUACAUAACCAUGGGGAAAAUAAGGACAUCGAGAGUCCCACCUCAAAGGAACCCAUCUGCUGUGUCAGAGACAUCUCGUAGAGACAUCAAGACACCUGGUACAGAGGGAUGGACCAUUGCUGGGACAAACAGGCAUGCACCUGACAGAGGACUGGUCAAGCAAAACGGCGUGCCUGAAGCUACCACCAACUCUGAUGACCCUUAUCAACAGUCCCAUGAUUUUGUCUCGACACGACGCGGGGAUGGCAAGCCUGCACCAACUCUGCACAGGAAAUCACAGAGUUCUCUCUUGGAGGGCGAUACAUACAUCACUGGAACAUUCGUUAGCCCUGUCAGUCCUGGCUUGAAUGCGCCUAACCUGACUGUUUUCAAACAGCCACCCGUUUCACACGUGCGACUGAGGGACAAAACCUUCAAUUCGAAGGCUGCAUUAAACAAGAGAGCCAGCAUUUCCAUGUUCGACCUCACUUGUAAUGAUCUAGAGGACGACGUCGGCUUGGAUACACAGUUGAGUCUUGAAUAUCACAGGGAUGGGCAAAAUACUUCAGCUACAGUCGAACGACGAGGUUACAACCCAAGGACGGAGGCUUCUCUCACGAGACGCAGAGAAAACGACCAGUUAUUAAGCUCAUCUACAGAUUCCUUAUCAUUGACGUAUGCUGACGACAGAGGUCAAUGCUACUCACCAAUUGAACAGGAUGAUCGCUACUCUUCAGCAAUGGCCAAGUUUGACGUCUUGUGCAGUAGUUUACAAGCGGAAGCAGAGGGACUAAACCCUGAUUUGACAGCAUAUGCCAACCUUCCACCCGUAAAUCGGAAGCGCUUUGUUGCUGCGAGGAGGCCUGACAGAGCGAAACCAAAGUACUUGAACGUUUCGAAGGUUGUUCGAGCUGUCUCUACUUCUGCGCACGACCUAACCGUUUCAUCGAAUUGUACUGACAUCGAUGAUGGUACGAAGAAUCACCCCGUGGACAACCUAGGCCUUUCAAACACCACCUCACAGGCGCCACCUAAAUCGAACUUGUUGAGCACCUUCCUAAGGAACCCUGUUUCAAUGAAGAGAAGCGUAACCACUUCUGGAGACGUUCAGACCACACGCGACAAAGACCGUGAAGUCUCCGCAUACAGAAGUUACUGUGAAAUCGAUGACAUAGAACCAGGAUGUGGGAUGGAGUACUUAGGGAAUCCUAAUGACCCUCAGGGGUACAAUCUUACAAACAUUCGUCUUGAUAACAAAUUGGAAUAAGUAAGGCUUAACCUUAAACUCAGGUUCAUCAUCCUCAGGGGUACAAUGUAACAAAAUUUCGUCUUGAUAUCAAAUAUAAUAGUGCCCCACGCGUUUUCAAGUACCCCUAAAGUGCCCCUUUUUACAUAUAAAAAGAGCCCCCUUUUACUUAAGAUAAGUGUCCCUGUUUAUUUCUAAUAGGUGCCCAUUCUACAUUCCUAUACGUGCCCUUACCACCUUUGAUAAGUGCCCCUUCACCAAUGAUAAUUUCCCAUAUUCAAAUCUGAGAACAAGUUCCCUUUUACUUUAACAAGUGCCCUUUUCUUUUGUAAUAAGUGCCUCUUCUCCUUCUGACAAGUGCCCCUUUUCAUCUCUGAUGAUUGCCCAUUUUCAUCUGAUGAGUGUCCCUUUUCACGUUUGAUAAGUGCCCCAUUUUUUAUUGAAAA